GAUGACCUUAAGGUCGAAGAGAAGGAAUUGACUGAAGGGUCUUAGAGCAUGGUUUGACCCCUUUUGGGGGGUUGGGUCACUAAGGGAUCUCCCUGAAGUCAUUCCCAACUUUACCCAUCGAUGGACCAUGAGCGUAAAUGCAAGAAUUUGAAACGUCAAUGUGAGUCAUUUUUGUUUGCACCUGAUUUGUUAUAUUUAUUUUUCCUGUAAGUUCCUGGUUUCAAGUUGGAUUGCCUUAUUGUCUGUGAGGAAUGAGCAACUUUUUCUUCGAGAAGGUUCGUUUUCUGAAAUAACUUCAUAUUUAAAUUGAUUUCCUGUGUAUUUUUGUGAACAGAUUUCAGAAAACUGCCUUAUCUGACGAAUAAGGAACUCUUACUUACUUUGAAGGCAGUUUCUCCAAGUUAAUAAGUGUUUAGUGAUUGAAAAGUGUCAAAUAGAAACAGGUAAAUAAAAAUACACUCAUUCAAAUUCAAUAUACUCAUUGAAAUAUGCGAUUUGUAGAUAUUUCAAAUUUCAGUUCCAAUCUUUCAAUCAGUCUUUAUUUAAUACCCCAAAUAGUCUAAUCCUUACGAUGCGAUUUUUAAUGAUUUCUUCAUUCCACAGUUCUACAAAGGCGGAAGGACAAUGAUGUUGCCAGAUGCUGCCAGCGUUUGGGCGAGAAGAGCAUAUUUCCUAAGAGAUUUGAUGCGAACAAAUCGACCAAAGGAGCUAGCAAACUUCGUAGAGACCUAAUAAAUGCCGAAAUAGCAAAUUUACGGGAGCUACUGCCGUUACCGCCUUCAACUAGACAGAGACUUUCUCAACUUCAGCUUAUGGCGUUAGUCUGUGUGUAUGUGAGGAAAGCUAAUUACUUUCAACAAGCAUUUAAAUGCCACGAUGUAUCAUUACACCAACCACCAACGCCCAAUAUUGGUUUCUCAAAGGCAUUGAGUGGCUUUCUCAUGAUGAUGACGCAAAAUGGUAAACUGUUGUACAUAUCAGACAAUGCCGCAGAAUACCUAGGACAUUCCAUGGUGAGUGAAAUCAAGGAGGAUCUACUCAUCCAUGGUGAUAGUGUUUAUGACAUAAUAGACAAACAGGAUCAUCAGGCAAUACAAAGAGAACUAGGAAGGCCAGUAAAUACGUCAAAUUCUAGUGGUAGCGAAGAAAUUAGAUUAUUCUUAUGUAGAAUGAAUGUAUCUAGAAAUGCAAGGAGACAGAUGAGAUUCGGUGAUCAGAAGGUUGUGCUGGUCCAGGGAAGAUAUUUGUCCUUCCUCCCACUGUGCAGCAGGAAUGAACCAGUUUUCCUAGCUACAUGUACCCCAGUAGCGAUGCCGGAAACACGUGAAUGUGUUGUUCAAGGUGCUACCAAUGUCUUCACCUCGAUUCAUUCAAUGGAUAUGAAGUUCAUACACAUUGACAAUAACGGCGAAUUCUACUUGGGCUUUCCGCGCUCAGAGCUGCAGGGGGUGAGCUGGUACAGGCUGCUGCAUUGGGAAUGCACGAGAGAGGCCCAGACCAAGCACAGGCUCAUUACACAGUCCGAACAAGAAAGGUCCUGCAUUUUACUAGCUCAAUUCCAAAGAAGAACUGGAGAAUGGCUCUGGAUGCAUUGUGUCCUUCAAGUGAAAGAAAGUUCAGAAAACAACCAACAGCCUGUAAUCGUCUGCACCAAUCAAGUUUUGAGCGACGCAGAAGCUGCUGUUAUGCGAAGUAACAGUUGGCUUUACCACUACGUGUCAGUGCAGAACAAGCUACAGUAUGGACUAGCUUACGACAUUGGCCAUCCUACCAGAUUACUCUAUUACCCAGAACAUCCGCACCCGAACUUUCAGGGUCAUGAAUAUACCACUGCUCACGAUACAGGCGGAUACUCCCAUUUGGCCACUAUACCCACGGCGAUUCAACCCCACCUGAGUCACCAUAGCCCUUUAACCUCCAGUCAUCACAAUCAGCACCAUCACCACCACAGACGAGCAGAUUCAGAACCUGUUGACUAUUCUUACAGUAAGCGCAAGCCCAAAGAUCUCCAAAAUCUAGAGUUAGAGGUAGGAGAAAUUGACGCACCGAGUACAAGGGGCAGUUGCGGACUUCUUGUGAUAUCGCAUAUUGCCGAAAGACCUAGGACGUUACUUAAGGUCGAUCCAAGCGACAUAAUGGACCAGUGGAAUCCCAGUCCUCCUUGGUCUGACACAUUGCAGAAGGUUCCUGAUUUAUGCCAUCAAGAAUUGAGCCCUUAUAUUGGUAGUACGCCACCAACUCCAACAGCUACCCCUAGUACCCAGAGUGGAAAUGCGUUUUCUUUUGACUGGAUGCCAGAACAAUAUGUACCGUCCAUAACAGCAGUUCCUAGCAUUGAAGAAAUAGAAAGGCCGGUAUACUGGUCGAAUGAACACAGAUUAUUCCCUCUGCAACCACCCCCUAAGAGGAACCAUCCCCCUUCUGGUAGGUCAGAAUCUGCAGACAGAGAUACCCCUUAGUAUUGAAUAUCAUCGAUAUAAAAACCGCCAAUAUGUGCAAUACAUACAGUGCUUCUAAAAUUGGGUUCGUCAUUACUACAAAUGGGGUCUUCUGAUAUGCCAAAUAAUAUGUUUAGUUCAAAUAUGCUUUCUAGCAUCACUGAUUGCAAUCCCCAUCAUGAAAAAAGGCAAUGAACAAUCCAAUUUUUAAUUUCUUCAGAUCUUCAGUCGCAUAAUUGAAAUAUUCAAAAAUAUUGUCUGCAAAACUCUGCAUAAUAAUCAGUAAUAUCCUGAUAUCCUUCCUUACUAUGUAUAUGACAUGAAAGAACCUCAAUGACGAUAACAGAAACAGAAUUUGAUUCGAAGUGGUAAUGACAUAGUUGGACGCGAAGUUGGCAAAAAUGAAAAUAAACGAAUUUUUAUAUUUUAGUCUUGUGUACCAGUGAGAGAGAUCGCAUAAAACUGAUAACUUACACACUUUUUUCAUUGCGUAUGAAAAUAGCAUGUCAUUCCAAUUUUUCAUAUUAUUGUUGAAAAUUUCGAAGAAUUGUUUAUGUGCCAAUAUAAGUUUAGCCAUGAUUUUUUUAUUUCCACAUGUUCCAAACAAUAUACGCUAGGUGUUUUAGGACAUUUCCGAAAAAACGGAAAAAUUAUUAAUCAAUAUUAUAACACAGUUCCUUCAGCAACUAAAUACAGGGCAUUAAAAUAGAAUCAACAGUUUUAAGUGAAUUUAAUUCAGAUAGCCCCUAAUGUGUCUCAGAAAUGUAUGUUUCCCAGUGAAAAAUUUAUUAUUUUAUACUAUGUGAUCGUAUUAUAUACGAAAUCUGUAUAUAUCAUCUGAAAUUCACAGUUUGUGAAUAUGUAAUACAUGUAAGUUCCUGAUUUAAGUUAGAAUUUAUUUGAAGAAUGUAAAAGCCACAGUUCUCUCACAUAUAUUUUAAAUAGUCAAAUAUAAAUAUUUUUUUAAUUGAG